AUGGUGGGAAAUAACGGUAAACAUCAUUUAGACGAUGAUUUGGAAGAAAAUUUGGGCGAAGAAGAAUUUAUUGUUGAAAAAAUUGUUGAUCGUCGCGUCCGAAAUGGCCGAAUUGAGUAUUUUCUCAAAUGGAAAGGGUUUUCAGAAACUGAAAAUACCUGGGAACCUGAGACAAAUCUGGAUUGUCCAGAUUUAAUUUCGGAUUAUGAAAAUCGUGCUGCUCAAAAGGGGCGUUAUUCAAGCGGCAUUAAUGUAUUACAACAACAUGAUCAUCAAUUAUCGCUAAAACGUAAAUCAUCAGAUGAUUCAAGUAAUCAUAGUUUACCAACAUACGGCAGUACAUCAAGUGGGAAACGGCUAAGGAAUGAUAACAACAAUAAUUCUCGAAUUGGUAAAACAUCGAUUACAUCGCUACAAGGAACCAAUGAUGAAACAUUAGCGAGUGCAUUCGAUCGAGGACUUGAACCAGAAAAAAUCUUGGGUGCAACUGAUGCUUGUGGAGAAUUAAUGCUAUUAAUGCAAUGGAAAGGUACUGGUGAAGCAGAUUUAGUUCCUGCACGUAUAUGUAAUACACGUUGUCCACAAAUUGUUAUUCGAUUUUAUGAAGAACGUCUAACGUGGAUAAAUCCAUCAGAUAUGAAUGAAAAUAAUUCCAGCAUUAAUCAGGGUACAUCAACGGCAGGUAUAAAUGUGCUAAAAAGCAUCUACAAUAUGGCACCUGUUCAUGUUACCACAACAUCAUCGGGCCAACAUGGUAAUCGUUUAGAACGUGAAAGUAAAAAGCACGAUCGUCGAUCCGACCUUGUUUGUCGUGUACGCUAUACAAACGUCUUACCCGAUUUACCAUUUGACCCAAAAUUUCUUCGUUAUCCAUUUAAUCCCGAUAGAUUCGUCCGAUAUAAGCCAACUUCAUUAGAAAAAAAUUAUCGUUGGGAGCUGCUAACUGAACAUGAUGUUGGUGUGGAAAUUGAUUUAAUUAAUCCGGAUGCUUACGCUUCAACAAGUACUGGAGUAUUGCAUGCCGAUGAUGAAAAGUUACUAGAAGAAGAUAAUGUUAGUCCAGCAAAUACAAAACGAUCACAAUUAAAUCAGCGUAGUGUACCAUGGUUGAGAAAAACCGAAUAUAUUUCUACUGAACAAAGUCGUGCAUCAUUAAAAUUUGAUAAAGCUGAAAAUCGUUCAAGCUCAGUAAAAGAAAAAGUGCGUGAGGAUUCAUUGAAAUUAUUAACAAAAGAUGGUAUUAUACAUAUGAUUGAAGAAGGUUUUGAUGUGGUCAAGAAUCCAAUUGAAAAACAUUAUAGUAAACCGAGUGUGGUUAAAGUAGAAGAAUGGCCAGUAUUCCCAGAUUUUGAUCUAUGGCGUUAUCCAUGUGCACAAGUUAUAUUUGACGGUGAUCCAUCACGAAAAGAUGUUAACAACCCUCAAGAACAAGUUGAAGAGAUGUCACAAGCUGUUAUCAAAGCAUUAGUUGAUAAUGAAAAUAAAGAAUAUAUUGGCUAUUUUCUGCCCACUGAGGAAACUCGCCGUAAACGUCAAUUUGUUGAAGAUGAUGAUAAUCAAACUGAGGCAACAACAUAUGAUUUUAAAUUGAUUCGUGAAUAUAAUUGGAAUCGAAAAGAUAAAUCGAUGAGUGGUUAUGAAGAAAAUUAUUUUCUCGUUAUUAAAGAUGACGGUGUUUAUUAUAAUGAAUUGGAAACACGCGUACGUUUAAGUAAACGGCGACUAAUGGGCGCGCCAAAAACAUCGAAUUUGCGUUUAUUACAACGUUACCGACCAUUUCAAGAAAAUGAAUUAAAACAACAGAAAAAACGAUUGAAAGCGCUGGAUAAUGACGAGCAUGCACUUGAUGAAGAGGAAGAAGAAGAACUAAUUGAUAACGAAGAGCAUGAAGAGGAAAUGGUUGACGACGAAAUUGAACAAGAAUCAUCACCAAUUCGAAAGAAAAACAGUGGAAAAACAAGUGAAAAUGACGAUGAUGAACAACCAGACGAGACACAAGAAAAUGAUAAUCAAGAUGAGCAAGAUGAUGAAAUCGAUGAAGAUGAUGAAGAAAUUAAAAAUGAUGAUGAAGAUGACGAAGAUGAAUGA